GCUCUUUGCUCUGAUAACAUUGACAGACGCGCACAUGAACCGAAACUCAUACCUUUUUCUGGGAAACUAAACGACUUUGAAGACAGACCUUUGACAGGAUGGUCAGAGCAAGUGGUGUUUUUAAGUUUGCAACGAUAGUGUUCGUUUUCAUCAUAGCGAUCUUUCUGACAUUUCAACUAUUAGAUAUUGAUUUGGAUUUUAAAAUACGUGAUAUACUUGCAAGGUCUGUCCCAAAUGAACCCACGGUCAAACCUUUUAGGGUCAAGUGUGGCUUGGUCCGUCAGUGUCCCAAUAGUCACUUUGCAUUUAAGAUGGCAAGUGGAGCAGCCAGUGUGGUGGGGCCGAGGAUCUGCCUAGAAGACAUAAUAUUGAUGAGUAGUGUUAAGAACAAUGUAGGGAGAGGAAUCAACAUCGCCCUGGUGAAUGGAAAGACGGGGGAACUUUUGAAGACGGCCUCCUUUGACAUGUGGGGCGGAGAUGUUGCGCCUUUAAUUAAAUUCUUGAAGGAGAUUGAAGAUGGCACUGUGGUGCUGAUGGCCUCAUUUGACGAUCCUGCAACAAAACUGAAUGAUGAAGCACGACAGCUCAUUGCAGACCUGGGCAGUACGGUAAUCACACAGUUGGGCUUCAGAGAUAACUGGGUCUUUGUGGGUGGUAAAGGAAUCAAAACCAAGAGCCCAUUUGAGCAGCACAUUAAGAAUAGUGCAGACACCAACAAAUUUGACGGAUGGCCUGAGGUUUUGGAGAUGGAGGGCUGCAUACCGCAAAAGUUUUAACCUGAAGGGCUGAGCCGCUGUCCCAGUGCUGUGGCCUUAUUUGAGCAAAUGGCUCUAUCCAAACACAAACAUAAGAGGACUCUUUCAAUGGGACUCAUUGUUGUUCACAUAGUAGUACCUGUUGGAAGGCCUGCAGAACUUGCACUGUUAUUGACAGAAAGGGAUACUUCUUAACUGGCAUGUUGAUUUCCCUCCUAAUGUUUUAUACCUAUUUAAUGUUUGACAUGUUUAACCUUUAAAGCCUUAAACCAAUGUUGUGCUAGGGACCUGUUUUUCCAUUUAUUCUGUUCAGUUUGUAACUUAAUUUUUGGGAAUAAGGGUUUAAUUUUUACAGAAAUACCAAAAUCACUGUGUUAAUUGUAAAUAUGUGUAUCCAAGAAAUUAAAUACAUUAUUUCAGAAGAAAUAAAGAAUGUAUAAACU